AUGGAGAGGAAUGGCAACCAAAACAGGUCUGAUGGCAACAAUCCGAGAGGACUCACUGUGCAGCAGCUACUCGAAGAGCGGGCGUUACUCAGGCGGCAGUUGCAGGUAGUCUUGCAACGCCGGCAGCUACUCCAGCAGCAGGAGGAUAUAGCAAGAGGGUUGCUGCAACUCACAGCACAACAGCAGUAUGAGCUACUCGAGCGGGAAUUCGUAAGGCAACGGGAAUUCACAGGACAGCAACGACAGCCACUCACGCUGGAAUUCACACAGCAGGCACUGCAACGUGCAAGACAGCAACAGCAGCAGGAACUCGUGCAACAGCAGCAUGAACUCGCGCAGGAACAGGAGAGACUCGAGCAGCAGCUGCAGGGACUUGCGCUGCAGGAACGCAACAUGCAGUAA